AAGCGGCUAAGGAGGGCGGCGUGUGGGCAUCUCCUCAGUCCUCCGCCGAGACCGGAGGGAUGUUCCCUGCUCAGGAGGAGGCCGACAGGACGGUGUUUGUGGGGAAUUUAGAGGCCCGAGUGCGGGAAGAAAUCCUUUACGAGCUGUUCCUUCAGGCUGGGCCAUUAACCAAAGUGACUAUAUGCAAAGACAGAGAAGGAAAGCCGAAGUCCUUUGGAUUUGUCUGCUUUAAACACCCAGAAUCAGUGUCUUAUGCCAUAGCUUUGCUGAAUGGAAUUCGUUUAUAUGGAAGACCGAUUAAUGUGCAGUAUCGAUUUGGGAGUUCUCGCUCUUCUGAACCAACUAAUCAAAGUUUUGAGAGCUGUCUUAAGAUCAAUUCACACAGCUACAGAAAUGAAGAAGCCAUGGGCAGUUCUUUCUUUCCCAUGCAGUUCUUUCCAACUAAUAAUGCAGCUUUACCUCAAGAACAUUUUUUCUUUCAGAAGAUGCAGUGGCAUGCAUGUAAUCCAGCGCUGCAGCUUCCUUACUGUGAGAUGACAGCACCACUUCCUAAGAACACAGCUAUGCCUCCUUCACUAAACCAUGUUCCAAAUCUAGAGGCUGGACCCAGCUCUUAUGAAUGGACUCACCAACAACCACAUGAUCCUGACUUUUACCAAAUUAAUAAACGAAAGAGGCAAAAACAAACUAGUGAUAGUGAUAGUAGUAGCACAGAAAACAUUAGAGAAAGUGAAUAUAGCAAAAAGUUCCGAAAGUGUAAGAAGAAGAAAAGAUAUUAGUAUUACCUUCAAUUUAAUUUAUCUACACUGGUCUUGAUGCUUUUAAAAGGAAAGAGACAAAAAAAAAAAAGCCUGUAUUCUACCAAG